AUGGCCUCGGCUUCUCGGCGGGACUCGCAAGAGUCGUCGCACACCGCGCCCGCCGUCAACCUGCAGCCGCCUUCGCCCCAAACGACCCCGCCGCAGAACCCGCCCUCGGUCGCCCAUACGCGCAACUCGUCGAGCGCCUACAGCGUCCCCACCACCGCCUCUGAGGGGUACAUCAACAGCUACUACUACGGCAAUCAGGACAUGCCUGACCUCGGCCUUCCCUCUCCGGCUUCCGCGUUUAACAGACCCCCCUCGUGGCUCGCCUCGAGCAGCCAGAACAGCAGCCCAACCGCCUCGCCACGCGCCACCCCCGUCGACCACCUCCUGCACCGCCUCAGCUGGGGCACCCACGACGAUAUCCCGCAUGCCUCUGGCUCCAAUCCUGCAACGCCUGCCACGCCCUCCGGCCUACCGUCCGCACCGCGCAGCGGCCAACUGCACUCUCACGAGCGCAGCGGCAGCUCCGCCGAUGCCGGCCUCUUCCACGGCCCCCUCGACCUGUCCUUCCAAGCUGCUCCCACCAUCACUCGCGCCGAUGGCCUCGACGCCCACCGCGCCCGCCAAGGUGACGCCAUCGGCGAAGAACCCUAUCAGCAUCCGUGCCACGCCCCUUCGUCCGCCAGUCUCUCGAGCGCGCCCUUUGCGCAGCGAUGGCUCGACGACAGCCUCCACGACUUUGAUGACUCGGACCGCGUUGUCCUCACCUCGGACACCGAUCCGCAACGCUUUCGUACCCACGCACACUUCGCAUCAGGCCCCGCAGACUUUGCCAGGGUUGACUCGCCCGAUCAGCUCGAGGAUGCCGAUGUUGGUCCGAGACACAAGUCGAGCGCCGACAUCUACGCCUCGGCCGGUAUGUCCCAAGGUCCCUCGCUGUAUGGCGCUAGGUCCGGCCUAUCCCGGAUGAGCAAGAGCAUGAAACGCCUCAGCAAGCGUGUGGUGCACCUCGAGGGCCGCCGCAGCCACGUGCGGCUCGAGGAGCGUGACACCGGGUCCGACAGCGACUCGUCGACCGAAGCGCGCUACGCCGCCGUCGCCACUGCAGCCGCACGGCCAGACCCUCCCAGAGACGAGACCCACCUGCCAGACAUACUGCAGACGCUCCGAGGAAAGAGCCUGGGUAUCUGGGGACCUGAAAGCAGGUUCCGCCGGCUGCUGGCAGCGUUCCUGGCCAAGUGGUGGGUCGAGCCGUUGAUCCUGCUCCUCAUUCUGGUCAACACCAUUGCGCUCGUCAUCCAGUCCAGCCGCAACGUCUACAAUUACCCGCGCAAGAGCGGUUACUUCGACUACCCCGAAGACUCCGUGCUCCUUGCCAUCUUUUGCUUCUACACGGUCGAGAUCGCCAUGCGCAUCAUCGUGUCGGGUCUCAUCAUCAACCCUCCGCCGGUCUUUACCGAAGAGCCCGUUCGCGAGGGGCCCGCAGACGAGUCCGGUCCCAAGGCGAACGAGCAUCGGCGGCAGAUGUCGCGAUCCAACACCCUCGAUGCCUUUUCCGAGUUUGGAGGCGCGCUCAAGGGCCAGGCGCAGCGCGUUUUCCACGGAGCGCACGCCUCCCAUGCGUCGCAUCACUCGGCCGCUUCCGGACCCGCCUCCGGGGCUGCCUAUUCGAUGGCGAGGCAGGGCAGUUCCGAUGCCGAAGGCGGGGUCCCUGCACGAUCAGGCGCCCACAUGCCCCUAUCGGGCGCCAUGCCACCGCCGCCGCCCGGGAGGAACCUGACCAGGGCCAACACUGCCAUGGUCUUGCCUUCAUCGGACGCGGCGCAGUUCUGGCAAAACAAAAAGGGGCCCUUUGCCGGCGCCUUUGUGACACAGCGGGUCCAGGCCGUCAAUCACGCCUUCCUGCGCCACAGCUGGAACCGGGUCGACCUCCUCGCCGUGAUCGGCUUCUGGAUCGCGUUCGGACUCGCGAGCGCACAACAGGAGGCCACGCCGGACCGCCACCUCUACAUCUUUCGGGCGCUCAGCGUGCUCCGCUGCGCACGCUUGUUGACGGCGACCAAGGGCACGAUGACGAUCCUCGAGUCGCUCAAGGUGGCCGCACCGAUCCUCACGACGGUGGCCUUCUUCACGGCCUUCGCCAUGCUGCUUUUCAGCAUCAUUGGCGUCCAGAGCUUCAAGGGCUCGUAUCGCCGCAACUGCGUGUGGGUGGGCGACCUGAUGGGCGACCCGGGCACGAACCACACCCUCUCCAACUACUGCGGCGGAUACAUCGAAAUGGCGACGCGCGCUCAGCGGCCAUACAUCCAGAUCGACGGUGUCCUCUCCGACGCGCAUCCCAAAGGCUACCUGUGCCCGGCAGGCCAGGUGUGCCAAGAAACCGACUCGAACCCAGAGGGUGGCACUGCGAGCUUCGACAACAUCUUCGCCGCCCUGCUGCAGAACGUCAUCGUCAUCUCCUCAAACAACUGGUCGGGCGUCAUGUACGACAUGAUGGAUGCCGACUACUACGCAUCCUGCCUCUUCUUCAUCAUCGGCUUGAUCAUCAUGAACUUUUGGCUGGCGAACCUGUUUGUCGCCGUCAUCACCAACAGCUUCGCCACACUGACCGCCCAGACCAAUCGGAGCGCGUUCGCGGAUCGAACCAUCAAGGUCGGGCCGGUCAAGCAGCAGAGCACCGGGCCCAUGGGACUGCGGAUGAAGCGCGUCGCAAACGUGUACAAGCGGGUGUGGGGCUACACUAGAUUCGUGUGGAUCGGCGCCAUCGUCGCCGACCUCGGCCUGCAAGCCUCGCGCGCCACCUGGAUGACUCCGAAGCAGCUCGAGAAUCGUGACAAGGGCGAGCUUUUCUUCACCAUUGCCUUCGACGUCGAGAUCCUGAUGCGCUUCCUCUCCUUCGUCCUCGACGGAGACUGGCGGUCGUUUCUGCGGUCGAAGCAGAACAUAGGUGAUCUGGUGCUGGCCGGCGUCACGUCCAUCAUCCAGAUCCCGGCGAUCAAGCACUCCAGCGUCUACGCCUGGCUCACCUUCUUCCAGGUCGCCCGCUUCUACCGAGUCAUUGCGGCCGUUCCGCGGAUGAGGGUGCUGCUGGUCCGCGUGUUUGGUUCCAUGGUCGGUCUUCUCAACAUGGUCCUCUUCCUACUGAUGAUGGUCGGGCUGGCGGCGCUCAUCGCUGUCCAGCUCUUUCGAGGCGACAUCCCUCAGGAAGAUGACGGGGAGUGGACCGAAAUGACGUUCAAGCACCUCUUCAACGCCUUCCUCGCCAUGUACCAGAUCUUCACCUCAGAGGACUGGGUAAACGUGCUGUACGGCGUCCUCUCUAACGAGACGCAGUUCAAACAGGCGGCGAUCGGCGCCAUUUUCCUGAGCGGCUGGUUCAUGUUCGCCAACUUCAUUGUCCUGCAGAUGUUCAUUGCCGUCAUCAGCGAAAACUUCAGCAUCGCCGAGGGCGAAAAGCGUCAGCAGCAGCUGGAGCACUAUCUGCGGCGCAACGAGGUGCCAGAAGCGUCUACGACGGCAAAGCUGCUCCGCAAGCUAAGUCCCUACCGCUACCUUCGCGAUCGAAACGCCGCGAAGACUGGGUCGGCGCCAGCAGGCUCGGUCUCGGGCAGCGCUGGCGAGCAGGCGCGGUCCAACGCCAUCGUCGGCGGUUCCGCCCUGCAGGGCGCUGCCAUAGACGAAAAGGCACGUCGGAAGCACUCCGUCCACCUCAUGGCCGCCUCGGGCGGGGAAAAGGCCCUGUGGACCCUCGAUACCGUCAAAAAGGUGUUGCGCCUCGACACACCCGAGGAGGCUGUGCCGCUCGACACGUUGCGCAGCCGCCGCAUCCGCCAGAGCCUCUCAGGAGAAGAGGUCUUCCAGGCGGCCAUCAAACGGCAGUCUGCCGCGUUCGACCACGACCCCGACGACAGCGCCGCCAGACUCUUUGCCAGCGAGCGUAUGCUGAAGCGGAUGCGCACCGACCUGGGACUGCCGGUCGAGGCGCAAUCAGGGCACAUCAAUUACGGCUCCUACCCCGUGACCGAUACCGAUGGAGCCCGACUGCAGCAGGCACGCUUCAUCGCCAGCCACCCGUCCUACGACAAGUCCUACUUCCUUUUCUCCAACCACAGCCGCUUCCGACGCUUUUGCCAGAGCCUGGUCCCGUCGUCUUACGGCGAGCGUCUGUUUGGGCGGCCCUGCUCCCCGAUCCGGCACAGGGUCUUCCAGAUCGUCAUCUUUAUCGGCAUCGCGGGAUCCGUCGUGUCGGCGGGCAUCGCCACUCCGGCCUACCGACGCGCUUACUACGCAAAGUACGGGCUGAUCCGGGCCUCUUGGUUCUCGAUCCUCGAGAUGAGCCUGUCCAGCCUCUUCCUCGCAGAGUUUCUCGUCAAGACCGUUGCCGAUGGAGUGGCGUUCACGCCAAACGCCUACGUCCUCAACAUCUGGAACACGCUCGACCUCUUUGUGCUCGUGACGCUGCUGAUCAACGUCGGCACCGAGCUGGCAGUCAUCGGCGGUGUGUCCCGGUUCACCCGAGCUCUCAAGGCUUUCAGGGCGCUGCGACUAAUCAACCUGUCGUCACUGAUGCGCAACACGUUCCAUGCCGUGAUGAUCGCCGGCGCCGGCCGCAUCCUCGAUGCGUCAAUACUCUCCAUCCUCUACAUCAUCCCGUACGCGGUCUGGGGCCAGAACCUCUUUGCCGGGGUCCUCUACUCGUGCAACGACUCGGACGGGUCGAUCCUGACCAAGUUCGACUGCUUCGGCGAGUUCGCGGUGUCGCCCUCGCCUGGCGAAUGGACCUUCCUGGCCCCACGCGCCUGGCACAAUCCGACCGAGGGCAGCGUGUGGUCGUUUGACGACUUCAAAAGCUCGCUGCUGAUCCUCUUUGAGAUUAUCUCGCUCGAGGGAUGGAUCGACGUCAUGAGCACCGCGAUGAGCGUCGUCGGCCAGGAUCGCCAGCUGCAGAACGACAACCGGCAGGUCAACGCCCUCUUCUUCCUCAUCUACAACCUCAUCGGAAGCACCACGGUCCUCACGCUCUUCGUCGCCGUCAUCAUCGAAAAUUUCCAGCAGUUUAGCGGCGCGGCGUUCCAAACGGCCGAGCAGCGGCAGUGGAUCGACCUGAAGAAGCUCAUUCUGCGGCAGACGCCGUCGAAACGGCCCAAGGUCCGGCCGACGGAGCCGGUGCGCUCGUGGUGCUACCAGCGGGCCGUCGACAAGCACGGCUGGUGGAGCCGGGCAAUGACGCUCAUGUACCUGGCCAACAUCGUGGUGCUCAUGACGCAGCGGUACAGCGAUCCGCCCUCGGUGGACCGCAUCCGCGACAUCAUCUACCUCGUCUUCACCGUCAUCUACGUAUGCGAUAUCGGCGUACGGCUGGCCGGCCUCGGCUGGAGCAGCUUCAGGGCCAACGCAUGGAACCUCUACGACCUGGUCGUCGUAUCUGGCACCCUGGGCACCACGAUCCCACUGCUGCAAAACUACUCGGGCGAGCACUUCAACAUUCAGUUCCAGAAGAUCUUCCUGACCUGCGUCGCCUUCAAGCUGGUUCAGAAGUUUACCUCGUUCAACCAGCUGUUCAAGACGGCGUGGGCCAGUCUGCCGGCCAUCCUCAGCCUCUUCCUCCUCUGGCUCACCAUGUUCCUGGUCUGGGCCAUCAUGCUGCUCGAGGUGUUUGGCCUCACAAAGUGGGGCGAAAACGAGACGUACAACAAGAACUUUUCGAGCCUGAUCAACGCGCUCGUCUUCCUCAGCAUGAUGUCGACUGGUGAGGCCUGGAACUCGUUCAUGCACGACUACACCGUCUCGCCGCCCCAAUGUACGCCGGCCGCCAGCUACCUCGACACCGACUGCGGCAGUCAGGGUUGGGCUUUCUUCCUCUUCAUCACCUGGAACGUCAUCUCGAUGUAUAUCUUCCUCAACAUGUUCACCGGUACCGUCGUUGAAAACUUUUCCUACCUCUUCGAGCUCGGGGGCAAGCCGAAGCUGUCGAGAGAAGAAAUGCGCUCCUACAAGGAGGCCUGGGCGAGGUUCGACCUCGACCGCGACGGCUACAUUGCGCCGUCGGACAUCGUUCCGUUCCUGCGCAGCCUGGGUGGCGCGCUCGAGGUCGACCUCUACCCUGCCAACUGCUCCGUCUCGGCGCUCGUGGCGGCGCUCGAAUCCAACACUCCGCUCGCCAGCCCCAUCAGCCCGUCCAAGGCCCCCAAAAGCCCUUUGGACAGGAUCCGAGAGGCAUCGCCUCUGCGGUCGCCCUUCAAGGACGGAAAGCUGGGCGAGAAGGGCCACUUCAUGUGGCCGCAGUCCCCAAACCGGCUCGAGAUUGGCAGUGAAGCGCAGCGGCUGCGCAAAGCGCUCGAUCGCGUCGACCCGGCAGAGCUCCGGACCCGCCGCAUUCGCUUCAACCGCAUCUAUCACGAGGCUCUGCUGUCGCAGUCCAAGGCCAAGGGCAUCUCGUUCACCACGAUGCUGACGAUACUCGCCCACCACAAGCUCAUCAACGACUCGGACGCCCUCAGCGUCGAGGAGUUGAUCCAGCGCAGGGAGCUCAUGGAGCGGAUCGAGGACCAGGUCAACCUCGAGCGCGUCCGCGGCGUCAUGAAGAUGGUCUACUGCCGGCGCAGAUACCUCACCCUCAAGACGUCCAGGCGGUUUGAUCCCGUCGUCGCCGAUCCGUUUGCAUCGCGACCCGAGCUGCCACGGAUCGUCGUCGACACAGAGGCCCUUCCUGUACAGAGCAACGGGCCUGACGACGAUCAGCAGCAACCCACCGAGACGCAGCAGCAGCUACUUGCGUCUUCGCCCUCGACGCCGACCCGUCCGUCACGGCCGGCCAUCACCAUCUCGACGACCUCCGAGGAAGACGAGGACCGGUCAGCGCCUUCGCUCACCGAGUUCGAGUCGACGGCGUGGGGCGACGUCAUGCGGAGGCUGAGCCGAUCCGAGCGCCCGCUCCAGUCGUCAAUCUUUGGCCAGUCCCAACAAUCCCUGAUCUCCGCCGCCUCAGCAGACAGGAAGGCGGCAUCCCAAGAAGACGAGGAAAAGGCUUCGCUCGCCCGCUCACGAAAUUGA